GUCGACGUGUGAUGGCGGCAAAUCAUAUCCUUCCGGCUGGCACACCUCAUGGUUCUCCCGCACUCCAGCGCUCAGAACUCUCAGCCCAACGGUCUCCCUGUCAUUGUCGACAGCAAGUGACGUGUCUACCCCUCAAAACAGAUUCCCUUGGGCUGAUGCGUUGUUCUUUUCAACGCGCUGUUUCUCGACGGCUUUGAUCAACUACCUUAUAUUUCAACACACCCUCCCUCAAGAUCGGCAUUGCCAGUUUCCUGAUACCAACCAUGGAUCCGGAUCCUUUUGCUGGUCGUCCCGCGCGCUACCGUCCGCGCCGCCAGCGGACCGUCGACCCCAUCUUCAACCCGUGGACUCUCGACCCCAACGACCCCCCUCCGGCCAAGGCGACUAACAAGCCCGCCGACCAGAAGGCGGACGGCCCCUCCGGCUCGCAGCCCCAGGAUCAGGCCCAGGCUCAGGCCAAGCCCGCGGCCGAGGCCAAGCCUAUCGGCACCCUCUCCGCCGCCAAGAUGGGCGCCUGUACCGAGGACGUCCGCGGCUUGGUCGUCCGCGUCGGCCCGUGGGACCGUCAGAAGGAGAAAGAGAAGCAGCGCGCCGAGCUGCUCAAGAUCCAGGCUGAGCUCCGCGAGAACAACAUCAGCGUGAGGGACUUUGCUGUUGAGGCUGCGGAGAAGGCUGCCAAGGAGAAGAAGCUGAAGCAGCCCUCGAAGGAGCAGAAGGGAAACGACGACGAGAAGAAGGACGAUUGAGCUCGCGAGGGCCAUUGAUCGCCGCAGACGGGGGAUUCAAUGCAGUCAGUUUUUACACAAAUCAGAGUGCGGUAUAGCGCAUAGGUUCGGGCUUCAACACCCGGUACAUCACCGUUCGCAGGUCUUGGGAAUGGUAGCCAGAUAGCCAGAUACCUGGCUGGUAUUGAGUGUAUCGGCUCGGUAGAUACCUUGGGCUCAAUAACACCUUCAUCCCUUAAAUAGUCCCGCUGCGUUGCCCUUGAGCUCGUCAUGACCCAGUAAAUCCCCAGGUUGAUGACCCUCCCACAAUUCCACGCUUGC